CAGAGCACAACAUGUUGGAGACCAUAGUCCAACACUUCACAACAGAGUUAACUUUCUAAUCCAGGGUUUGUGGCGUUAUCUCACAUAAAAGAAGGAGGUGGAGGAGGCCGGGGAGAGAAAACGGGCCAGAGAGUCAGUCAUGCUAUGAGGUUAGCGUGAAAGCCGGAGCGUUGAGAUUUAACUGUGAGAAGGAGAGAGUGAAGCAGGGAGAGGGAAGACCGGAGAAGCGAGAGAAAAGCGGGAUACAAGAUGCAGCUGGCCGCGGUGCUGUGCGGAGCCCUGACAACUUUACUGCUCAGCCAGACUUCAGGUGUUCAGGGCAGCGCUGAGUGUUCAUGUGGGAGGAAUCACUUCACGUGUGCAGUCAGUGCAUUUGGAGAGUGUACCUGCAUCCCUGCGCAGUGGCAGUGCGAUGGAGACAAUGACUGUGGGGACCACAGUGAUGAGGACGGAUGCAUGCUCCCCACAUGUUCACCACUGGACUUUCAUUGUGACAACGGUAAAUGUAUCCGGCGCUCCUGGGUGUGUGAUGGAGACAACGACUGUGAGGAUGACUCAGACGAACAAGACUGCCCUCCCAGGGAGUGCGAGGAGGACGAGUUUCACUGCCAGAACGGUUACUGUAUCCGCAGCCUCUGGCACUGCGACGGCGACAACGAUUGCGGGGACAACAGUGAUGAACAGUGUGAUAUGCGCAAAUGUUCGGACAAAGAAUUUCGCUGCACUGACGGCAGCUGUAUCGCUGAGCACUGGUACUGUGAUGGAGACACGGACUGUAAGGAUGGAUCAGAUGAGGAAAACUGCCCCUCAGAUGUGAUGACAGCCACCUGCAGCGUGGAGGAAUUCCAGUGUGCAUAUGGACGCUGUAUCCUGGACAUUUACCACUGUGAUGGAGACGACGACUGUGGAGACUGGUCAGAUGAGUCAGACUGUUCCUCCCACCAGCCCUGCAGGUCAGUUGAAUUCAUGUGCAGCAGUGGUAUGUGCAUCAACGCUGGCUGGAGGUGUGACGGCGAGUACGACUGUGACGACCAGUCAGACGAGAAGAACUGCACCACGUCCAUGUGCACAGCCGACCAGUUCCGCUGUGGAACUGGACGCUGUAUCAGGUUGUCAUGGAGAUGUGAUGGCGAGGAUGACUGUUCUGAUCGCAGCGAUGAAGAGGGCUGUGAGAAAACUGAAAGUCCUCCAUGUGCUCCUGAUCAGUUUCAAUGUGGGAAUGGACGCUGUAUCGGUCAGAGGAAGGUGUGUAACGAGGUCAACGACUGUGAAGACGGGACUGAUGAACACCCACACCAUGACUGCCGUCCACGCUCCACUGAGGGCAACUGUAACCAGAAUAAUGGAGGCUGCUCUCAGAAGUGUCAGAUGGUGAGAGGACUGGUCCAGUGCACCUGUCACACUGGAUACCGACUGAUGGACGACGGCAAAGCUUGCCAGGAUGUGGAUGAGUGUGCUGAAGAAGGCUACUGCAGCCAGGGCUGUACAAACACAGAGGGGGGCUUCCAGUGCUGGUGUGUUCAGGGCUACGAGCUCAGACCUGACAAGCGCAGCUGCAAAGCUCUGGGUCCAGAGCCAGUUCUGCUCUUUGCCAACCGCAUAGACAUCCGUCAGGUUUUGCCGCAUCGCUCAGAGUACACCCUGCUGCUCAACAACUUGGAGAAUGCCAUUGCCCUGGAUUUCCACCACAACCUGGAACUGGUGUUCUGGUCAGAUGUGACUCUGGACCGCAUCAUGAAGGCCAACCUCAAUGGGUCCAAUGUGGAGGAGGUUGUCUCCACAGGUCUGGAGAGCCCAGGUGGACUGGCCAUAGACUGGAUACAUGACAAGUUGUACUGGACAGACUCGGGGACAUCUCGUAUUGAGGUGGCCAACCUGGACGGGACGCACCGUAAGGUGCUGCUGUGGCAGAGCCUGGAGAAGCCCAGGGCCAUCGCACUGCACCCCAUUGAGGGUAAGAUCUACUGGACAGACUGGGGCAACACGCCUCGCAUUGAGUAUUCCAAUAUGGAUGGCUCCAACCGGCGGGUCAUCGCAGACACACACCUGUUCUGGCCCAACGGCCUCACCAUUGACUAUGCCAGCCGCCGCAUGUACUGGGUGGAUGCAAAACACCAUGUCAUCGAGAAGGCUGACCUGGAUGGACGCAACCGCAAGGCUGUCAUAAGCCAAGGCCUCCCCCACCCAUUUGCCAUCACAGUGUUUGAGGAUAGCCUUUACUGGACCGACUGGCACACCAAGAGCAUCAACAGUGCCAACAAAUUCACCGGCAAGAACCAGGCAGUUAUUCGCAACAAGCUGCACUUUCCCAUGGACAUCCACACCCUCCAUCCCCAGAGGCAGCCCACAGGUAGCAGGAAUCGCUGUGGCACCAACAAUGGAGGCUGCAGCCACCUGUGUCUCCCCAGCAACAAGACAUUCACCUGUGCCUGCCCCACUGGAUUCAAGAAGGUGGACCACUUCAACUGUGCUAAUGGUCUUGAUAAGUUCCUGCUUUUUGCCCGAAGGACGGACAUCCGACGAAUCAGCUUUGAUACAGAGGAUAUGUCCGAUGAUGUCAUCCCUCUGGCUGACGUACGCAACGCUGUGGCUCUAGACUGGGACGCCAAAGAUGGCUACAUCUAUUGGACAGACGUCACCACUGACUCUAUCAACAGAGCACUGUGGAACGGCACCAAGCAAGAGGUGGUAGUGGACACCAGUCUGGAGAGCCCAGCAGGUUUGGCGAUUGACUGGGUGACCAACAAGCUCUAUUGGACUGAUGCUGGAACAGAUCGUAUUGAAGUUUCAAAUUCUGAUGGGACCAUGCGGACUGUUCUGAUAUGGGAGAACUUGGACCGCCCAAGGGACAUUGUUGUUGACCCGAUUGGAGGCUUCAUGUACUGGACUGAUUGGGGUGCCAACCCAAAGAUAGAGCGUGCAGGAAUGGAUGCCUCUAACCGUAUUGUGAUCAUCUCAUCUAACCUGACUUGGCCCAAUGGGCUUGCCAUUGACUACGAGACCAAACGCUUGUACUGGGCUGAUGCUGGAAUGAAGACUAUUGAAUUUGGCAACUUUGAUGGUUCUGACAGACAGGUUUUGAUUGGCAGCCAGCUUCCUCACCCCUUUGGUCUGACUGUUCAUGAAGACAAGCUUUACUGGACAGACUGGCAGUCCAAGAGCAUUCAGAGCGCUGACAAGCUCACUGCCUUGGGGAGACACACACUGGCUGAAAAUCUGGAGAACCUCAUGGACAUUCACAUGUUUCAUAGACAACGAGAGUCAGUGCAUAACCCUUGUGCCAUGAAUAAUGGAGGCUGCAGUCACCUCUGUCUCCUGGCUCCUGCUCCCAAAGCCUCUAGCUGUUCCUGUCCCACUGGAAUCAACCUGCAAACGGAUGGAAAGACCUGCAUGCCAGGAAUGAGCAGCUUCCUCAUAUUUGCACGGAGAACGGACAUCAGGAUGGUUUCUCUGGAUAUCCCGUACUUUGCUGAUGUGGUUUUGGCUGUGAAUAGUUCAAUGAAAAACACCAUCGCCAUUAGUGUUGACCCCAAAGAAGCAAAAGUGUAUUGGUCAGACAGCACACUGAAGAAAAUCAGCAGAGCUAACAUCAAUGGAACAGGACAUGAAGACAUUAUAUCUACAGGGUUGGUGACAACUGAUGGCCUAGCUGUGGACGCACGGGGCAGGAAGGUCUACUGGACGGACACAGGAACUAAUCGCAUCGAGGUUGCCAACCUUGAUGGCUCCAUGAGGAAAGUUUUGAUCUGGCAAAACUUGGACAGCCCUCGAGCCAUCGCUCUCUACCAUGAAAUGGGUUACAUGUACUGGACAGACUGGGGAGAGAAUGCUAAGCUGGAGCGUUCAGCAAUGGAUGGGUCAGACCGAUUGGUCCUCAUCAGUAAUAAUCUUGGAUGGCCAAAUGGCCUGGCCAUCGAUGCAGCUGGCUCACAGUUACUGUGGGCCGAUGCUCACACUGAGCGUAUAGAGGCUGCCGACCUGAACGGGCAGAAUCGGCGCACCCUGGUGACUCCAGUUCAACACCCGUAUGGCUUAACCCUACUGGGGUCCCAUAUUUACUGGACUGACUGGCAAAGCCGAAGCAUCCAGCGAGCCGACAAGAACACAGGGGCCAACACUAUCACAGUGCGAGCCAACCUGCCAGGCCUGAUGGACAUCCAGGCUGUAGACAGGGAGAGGCCACUUGGUUUUAAUAAAUGUGGCAGAAGAAACGGGGGCUGCACCCACUUGUGCCUCCCUCGUCCCAAUGGCACGUCCUGUGCAUGUCCCACCGGCAUCCUGCUCAAGGGAGACGGCAGGUCAUGUGAUGACUCACCAGAGACAUACUUGCUUUUCUCCAACCGCGUCAGUGUGCGCAGAAUCUCCCUGGACACCAACGACCACACUGAUGUGCACGUACCAGUGCCUGAUCUGCACAAUGUCAUCUCAUUGGACUAUGAUAGCGUGGAUGGAAAACUUUUCUACACUGAUGUCACCUUAGAUGUUAUAAGACGUUCAAACCUUGAUGGCAGUGAGAUGGAGACAGUGAUCAGCCAGGGCUUGAAGACCACAGAUGGGCUGGCUGUAGAUUGGGUGGCCAGGAACAUGUACUGGACCGACACUGGGCGCAACACCAUUGAGGUGGCCCGUCUGGAUGGAACGAGCCGCAAAGUCCUCAUCAACAACAGUUUGGAUGAACCCAGAGCCAUUGCAGUGUUUCCAAGCAAAGGGUUCCUGUUCUGGACUGACUGGGGUCACAUUGCAAAGAUUGAGCGUUCUCACUUGGACGGCUCGGAUCGAAAGGUCCUAAUCAAUACGGACCUUGGCUGGCCCAAUGGUCUUACGCUAGACUACGAUACACGAAGGAUCUUCUGGGUGGAUGCCCACUUGGACAGAAUUGAGAGCUCAGACCUAAAUGGAAAACUGCGUCAGAUCCUUGUCAGCCCGGUGUCCCAUCCGUUCGCUCUCACACAGUUGAAGCCGGUGUCCUCCCCUCUAACCCCUUUCUCCCGACUCUCGCAGCAAGAUCGCUGGAUCUACUGGACAGACUGGCAGACUAAGUCCAUCCAGCGGGUGGACAAACACACUGGCCGUAACAAGGAAACUGUACUACCCAAUGUGGAGGGCCUCAUGGACAUUAUAGUGGUAUCGCCUCACAGGCAGACAGGUACCAACCUCUGUGGUGUCAAUAAUGGCGGCUGCACCCACCUCUGCUUUGCAAAGACCAACUCUUUUGUGUGUUCCUGCCCUGACGAACCAGAUGGAAGACCAUGCUCCACCAUUUCAGGUUACAUCCCUACUCCUCCCGCCAGAGCAACCAGCAGCACUCCUGUUGUGAAUAAGAUCCCCAAAGCUCCAACAGACACUCCGCACAGAAGACCCCCACUGGUCAACUGCACGGACAAGAACCUCAGUGAAGAAGGCUGCUUGAGCACGGUGGUGACAGCACCUCAUGGAGAAGGACUUCACAUCAGCUAUGUUAUUGGAGGAGUGCUGACCAUCUUGGCUAUUCUGAUCCUCAUUGCUGCUUUGAUCAUUUACAGACACAAAAAGUCAAAGUUUGCUGAUCCAGGAGUGAGUAACCUGACCUACAGUAACCCAUCGUACCGGACGUCCACCCAGGAGGUUAAGAUUGAGGCGUCGCAGAAGCCUCCAAUAUACAAUCAGCUGCGUUACAAGAAGGAGGGGGGAGUGGAUGGAGGCUUCACCAAGGAAAAAAUCCGUAUUGUGGAGGGCGUGCGUCUCCUGUCGAAUGAAGAGCUUUACUGGGAUGACCUAAAACAGAUCAAGCCAUCCCGAGGCGGCCUGCAUACCUGCAUGCGUACAGACACCGUUUCCCUGCAAGCCAGCAGUGCUUCACUUGAUGAUGGUGAGACGGAGCAGCUCCUCCAGGAAGAAGCGUCUGAAUGCUCCUCUAUAACCACCCUGACUCCUUCUGCUAUUACCCCGCAACGUCAUGCCCAGCACAGCCUGCCCGACACCGGCUGGACCUCCAUGCGCAAACCCUCCACUGAGAGUGAAGUGUGAGGGGAGCCCCCUCCCCCCGCCCUCUGUGGUUUAUCUUAACCUCUGUCAUCCACACACACACACACACACACACACCUACACAUGUAUUUAUGGCAGGUACAAAAACACAAAGACAAAUAGGUACAUGAACCUGGCCAGAGACAACUAAGCUCCAUAAACGCAACUCCUGUCUCUGAAAAUGGGGCUCCGUCCUAGUUGUAUACACACACACACACACACACACACUACAUUAUCAGUACCCUCAGUGCUACUGCCUUCAGGCAAAAAGAUAAACUAAUUAGCAUGCUGGAAUAAAAAAAGCAAAUAACUCUGGGGAGAAGUGAGCAGAGACACAAAGCGUUAUCUGGAGCCUUUUACAAAGGAUGCAGUCUCUCAAUGCAACCAACGCUUCUCUGUGUACAGCUUCACUUUUACUUGUUUGUGAACUUUUUUCUCUCUUUCAGACAAAGCUAAAAUGACACACUCUCUGGACGGUGUAAUCAUGACGCCGUCUCUAAUACCACUCAUUUAUGAACUCUAUUUAUAAACGUUUUUGUACUUGUAGAGUGGGUUUGCAGAGAAUGGUGGGAGUGUUGUGUUUGAACGUCGUGCUGCAGGACCUGGUUAUUCAAGAGUUGUAUUUAUGACAGUGCCAAAGGGUGGGACUUCAAAAGGUCUCCAUGCUUCUUUCUGCAUUUACACUUCUGUAGAAAUGUAUGUUAAUUAGAAAUUUCCUUUUCCCUCGCGUUUCAAGACCUCAGUGAUGACAUCUGCUUCAAAUUUCUUAUUUAACAGCCUUCACUGGGACAAGCAAGGACUUCUGGACUUGCUGUAGCUGGAAUCUUGCUGCACAAGUCCUUUAUCCCUGACAAAGGUUUUCUUCUUUACGUUUUCUUUUUUUUGCAAGUUGUGAUUCAACCAUUGUUGGUCCUCAGAGGAAGCCAUGAAGAAGUAACAGCCUAAGUGCCAAACAUUUCAUUCUUUUCCUUCUUCAGCUGUGUGUUCAUUUUUUCUGAGGUUUUAAAAUGUUCUUUCUGCUUGGGGUUCAGCCCCUGAAAUCACAGGAAAAAAAACAAUUCUUCUCACUUACCACUAAUUUUGUUCAGCCAUGCAGAUAGUUGUGGUUUCAUUUACCCAGCAGUUCAGUAUAUGUAUUUUCUCUGCCCCAAAACAUUUCAAGCAUGAUAAAUAAUGUGCUGUUUCAUGAGGUCCACAUUAAUUACCCAUGAGCACUUAUUUUUACAAUUUGAAGCUCUUUCAUUUUAUUUUAAUACCUUCAAAACCCAGCUUUAUGAACAUUUUACAGGACAGUACAUUAUUGGUCCUCCGUGUCCUUGUACAAUUUGAAACUUACCACUAUGACCCACAAUGAUCUAAAGUAUGUGAGUGAUGUAUUUUUUAUUUAUUUGAUUAAGAAAUAUAAAGUCAAAAAAAAUGUAAUGACCUGCGCAAGAUAUUUCUCAAUGGCUUCAACACAAAUCUAAUGUUUUUCCCAAUUUGGGAACAUAGUCCCAAAUGCUAAAUGAGUCUGUCGUAUUGGGGAUAGUGGUAAGUUUCACUUGGCACGUACAACCAAAAGUAUCUGUGUGACCAAACACUUUCAGAGGUAAAUGAGAACACUUGCUCUUAUUAAAAUGUUGAGUUUUCAUCCAUCAACUCUGAAUCUGUAAUUGCAAAGUGCAUGUGCAAUAUCUGCCACAGUACAGUUUAACAAAUGGGUAACUUGGAACACUGUGCAUGUCUGACCCCAUCAGACAGUAAAGGUUUUAGUUUAGAAAUACUGUAUAUCACUGACAGCUUUUGAGAAAUACAUGUAAUACUAGUCGAGCUAUUCUGCAUCACUUACAAUUUACAAUUCUACAAUUCUGUCUGUUGUUAAAAUAUGGUACAAGGAAAUACUAUAUUGUUAUAUUGACAAAUAUAUUGGUUAGACAUUAGCGAACCAUGUAUUUUGAAGUAUCUGCUACAAGCUCAGCAUCUUGCUGAUUUGCUGCUAGACGAAGCACUGAGGCCAAUGAACGAGGGUCUUGGCAGCUACAUAACCACAGUCUAUGACGGUUGGUUUUCAGUCGGCCUACAGAGCAUCACAGAAAACCUGGUAACCAAUCAUCCCGGCUCACAAUCCCUCCAACUCUGCUGCAGGAAACACUAAAGCUGUACAGAUUUUAUCAUGCCAAUAUAAGCAAACAUUUCUGUUGAAGAUGUUGCAUUAAGUUGUAUAGUCUUUUGUACAAAGGGAUUUUAAUGACUGUUUUUAGACUUGUAUUAAUUUUACUCACUGGAGAAGAACAUUUUAUGGUUUUGUUUUUGCUGGAUUAUUUUAACCACUGUGUUUCCAAGCCUUGUAAAUGAUAGGGAAGGUUUCUAGUUAUUUAAUAGUGCUCUUUUCUCUUAUGAAAUCCUGGUCUCAUAUAGCUGUUGUAAAGUUAACAAAAAAGGUAUUUAUGAUUUCUGUUUGGUUGUCACUUGAUGUGUAAAUAUGAAAAGACUGUAUAUGUAUUUCCAUGGCAGUACUAACAAGCUGUGUUGUGUGAUAUAGUGAAUUAUCCCUUUGCUAUCUUUUAAUAUAAAAGUUCAUUUGCAUUUGAA